AUGGUGAACGGUAGAAUACCGUCGGUCUUUUCUAAGACCUAUGUCACUCCAAGACGUCCUUAUGAGAAGGCCCGACUUGACCAAGAGUUGAGAAUAAUCGGUGAAUAUGGUCUCCGUAAUAAGAGAGAAGUCUGGCGAGUUAAAUACACGUUAGCAAAAAUCAGGAAAGCAGCUCGUGAAUUAUUAACGCUUGAAGAAAAAGACCAAAAACGUCUUUUUGAAGGAAAUGCGUUGUUGCGCCGAUUGGUGAGAAUCGGUGUACUAGAUGAAACCCGAAUGAAAUUGGAUUACGUUCUCGGUUUGAAGAUUGAAGAUUUCCUUGAACGGCGAUUGCAAACCCAAGUUUUUAAGCUUGGAUUGGCGAAAUCAAUUCAUCAUGCUCGUGUAUUGAUUAGGCAACGUCACAUUAGAGUUAGGAAACAAGUUGUCAACAUCCCAAGUUUCAUUGUCAGACUUGACAGCCAAAAGCAUAUUGACUUCUCAUUGAAGUCACCGUUCGGCGGUGGUCGCCCUGGACGUGUAAAGAGGAAGAAUAUGCGCAAGGGAACCGGUGGCGCAGCAGCUGAGGAGGAAGAAGAUUAAUUUUAAGAUUGGAGGAUUCUUUACAGAAGUUGAAGAAUGUUCCAAUAAAAUCGCAAAAAGAAAAUUUUA